AGACAGACCCUACGCAUCAGAGUAUGCGUGCAGCCGAGCCGACGCCAUCCCCAGCCCCCCAUCUCCGGCGCCGCCCCGCGGCCCCAACUCCGGCCGCCGCUUAGCUCCGCCCGCGCCCUAUUAAGCUUGUGAAGAAGCAGAGUUCAUUGGAGAGAUUAACGGACCGCCUUGUCGCGGUGGCCUCCAUGGACGACCUCACCGCAUCGCCGGCGAGCGAGGUGCCGUUCCGCAUCAGCUUCUCCGGCCAUGGCGGCCACCUCCGCCUCGACCCUACCCCCCACCCGCCCAACCCCGUGCCCGACUUCGUCCUGCCGCCGGCCUACCCGCCCGAGAGUCCCAGCAGCGUGAAGGAGUACCUCGAGGCUAAUUACCUCAAUCCCGAGCUCUACGUCCCCACCGCGGCCAAUGACGGCAGGGUGUGGGAUGUAGACUGGUUCGACCUAGCCAGGCCGCCUCUGGAGCCCUCUGCCCCGCGCACCAUGCUUGUGCCCGCCUGGGAGCCACCUUUUCGCCGAAGAUCGUUGUCCUCGUCGUCCGAGCAGCAAGUUUGGGACCCUGAGUCUGUGCAGAUGGAGAUGAGCCAAGUGUUCGAUUCGGGGAAUGGGGGGAUGGUGCCACGGAUGCCAGGCCCGGCGAAAGACUUUGUGAGGGGGAGAGUCAACAGCCGGCCGUUCCGCCCGGGGGGCCUGCAGGACGAUGCAGCUGAGGCGGCAGCAUUGGAGAAGGCAUUUCCAGAGGGUGCGCGAAAUGGCGAUUGGGUGCGUGAGCUUAUGAGUGGUGGCCCCGCUCUAAACGCUCCGCCAGGGUUCCCCAAGGGAUUGGACUUGGGCCAGUUGAAGGAGUAUAACAGCCACUGGAAGUGUUUCCAGGACGGGGAGCAUGUUGAGGAACCUGCAUCUUCAUCAAAUGACACGACGGAUAAGUACUCGGUGCAGUUUGAUGAUUUGUUCAAGAUAGCUUGGGAGGAAGAUGAUGUCAACAUUGUGCCACAUGAAGAUGAUUGUGAGCUGGCUAGAGACGAGGGAGCCAACGAUGUCAAUGAACGAAAGGUUGAUAAGUUGCAAGAUGCUUCUGAAACUCUUCCAAUGGCAGACACUGACAAACUGGAAGCUAAUAUCAGAGGAGAUAUUUCUGAAGCUCAAACGGACUUGGACAAAAUGUUAUCAUCUGAAGUGAGAGAUACCCGCAGAGAAACAAGUGGAUUAGUUGAUGAUAAGCCAGCACAGGAGGGCACGGAUUGGGCACUUGUUGUUGGGGAUAAUUCUAUUGUGACAAACUUCCACAAACUUGUUCCGGAUAUGGCAAUUGACUAUCCCUUUGAAUUGGAUAAGUUCCAGAAGGAGGCUAUAUAUUAUCUUGAGAAGGGGGAAUCAGUCUUUGUGGCAGCCCAUACAUCAGCAGGAAAGACGGUUGUUGCAGAGUAUGCCUUUGCUUUAGCAUCAAAACAUUGCACCAGGGCUGUCUAUACUGCUCCCAUCAAGACUAUCAGCAACCAGAAAUACCGAGAUUUCUGCGGAAAGUUUGAUGUGGGACUUCUUACUGGAGAUGUUAGCAUCAGACCAGAGGCAACUUGCUUAAUUAUGACAACAGAAAUAUUGCGCUCAAUGCUUUACAGAGGUGCUGAUAUUAUACGGGAUAUUGAAUGGGUAAUUUUUGAUGAAGUGCAUUAUGUCAAUGAUGCCGAGAGGGGCGUAGUUUGGGAGGAAGUUAUUAUAAUGCUCCCGAAGCACAUUAACAUUGUCCUCCUUUCAGCAACGGUUCCGAAUACAGUUGAAUUUGCUGACUGGAUUGGCCGAACAAAACAGAAGAAAAUUCGUGUCACAUCGACUAACAAAAGGCCUGUUCCCCUCGAGCAUUGCCUGUUCUACUCUGGAGAGGUAUACAAAGUAUGUGAGAAGGAUAUAUUUCUUACUCAAGGAUUUAGAGACGCCAAGGAUGCUUUCAAAAUGAAAAAUGCAAAUAAGUUUGGAGCUAAACCUGGAACAAAAUCAGGAACUCCUGCAGUACGUGCUGGAACUCAAGGCAGAAAUCCAGACACUUCUAGUAAAGGGAGAGACCAGAAGCUCCCAAAGCACCACCAAACCAAUUCAGGAGCAGCAGCAAUUCAGCAAAAUACCUCAGGGUCAAGGAGAUCUGAGUCUUCGUUCUGGAUGCCGCUUAUAAAUAACCUUUUGAAGAAAUCACUUGUGCCUGUGGUAAUUUUUUGCUUCUCAAAGAACAGGUGUGAUAGGUCAGCAGAUAGCAUGUUUGGUGCUGAUCUCACCAGUAAUUCUGAUAAAAGCGAAAUCCGUGUCUUCUGUGAUAAGGCCUUUUCGCGCCUCAAAGGGUCGGACAGGAACCUUCCUCAGGUUGUAGGAAUCCAAAGCCUUCUGCGAAGAGGAAUUGGAGUUCACCAUGCUGGGCUUCUUCCUAUUGUGAAAGAAGUAGUUGAGAUGCUGUUUUGUCGCGGUGUGAUUAAGGUACUGUUUUCCACCGAGACAUUUGCUAUGGGUGUUAAUGCUCCCGCAAGAACGGUUGUGUUUGAUACUUUAAGGAAGUUUGAUGGAAAGGAACAUCGAAGGUUACUUCCAGGGGAGUAUAUUCAAAUGGCUGGACGAGCUGGUAGGAGAGGACUAGAUACCAUAGGUACAGUGAUAAUGAUGUGCCGAGAUGAAAUUCCUGAAGAAAGUGAUUUGAAAAAUCUUCUUGUUGGAAAACCAACUCGACUGGAAUCUCAGUUUCGACUAACAUACACUAUGAUACUACAUCUUUUACGUGUGGAGGAACUUAAGGUGGAGGACAUGCUUAAGAGAAGUUUCGCAGAAUUCCAUGCACAAAAGGAUUUGCCUGAGAAGGAAAAGCUGCUUCUGCAAAUGCUACGUCAACCUACAAAGACAAUCGAGUGCAUAAAAGGAGAGCCUUCUAUUGAAGAAUAUUAUGAUAUGUUUUUAGAAGCUGAAGAACACAGGGAAUUUGUCACAGAAGCAAUUAUGCAGUUGCACACUACUCAGCAGUUCCUUGCGCCUGGAAGAUUGGUGGUUGUUAAAUCCAAAUCUGAUGAUGAUCACUUGCUUGGCGUAAUCGUGAAAAAUCCAUCCGUUGCACUAAAGCAGUAUGUUGUUCUUGUACUGACCUGCGAUUCCACUUCAUCUGCACUAUCCCCUAAUUUAUCCAGUCAAAAUGAGAAGGGGCCAGGGGAUUCUCAAGGAUAUUUGGUUAUCCUUCCAAAAGGAAAACGUGGCAUGGACGAUGAUUUUUUCUCUUCCUCUAGAACACGAAAAAGUUCAGGUGUUAUCAAUGUAAAGCUACCGUACACGGGGGACGCAUCUGGAAUGGGUUUUGAAGUAAGAGCUGUGGAGAAUAAAGAGAUUAUUAGUAUAUGUACAAGCAAAAUAAAGAUCGAUCAAGCCGGACUCCUUGAAGACAUUAGCAAAACAGCUUACUCUAAAACAGUUCAAAUGCUUAUUAAAGAGCAGCCAGAUGGAAAGUACCCUCCUGCGCUGGAUGCAAUAAAAGAUCUAAAAAUGAAAGACAUGGAUCAAGUUAAAAGAUAUCAUGCACAUAACAACCUACUGGAAGAAAUGUCUAAAAAUAAGUGCCAUGGUUGUAUAAAAUUGAAGGAACAUAAGAUAUUGAUGAAGGAUCAAAAGGUGCACAAGGAUCGGCUGGAUCAACUGAAAUACCAAAUGUCAGAUGAGGCACUUCAGCAGAUGCCACAGUUUCAAGGCAGAAUUGAUGUACUAAAGGAGAUCCAUUACAUCGAUUCCGAUCUUGUUGUGCAACUUAAGGGCCGAGUGGCAUGUGAAAUGAACUCUGGUGAAGAGUUAAUAUCAACAGAGUGUUUAUUUGAGAAUCAGUUGGAUGAAUUAGAACCUGAAGAAGCUGUGGCUAUUAUGUCAGCAUUUGUUUUCCAACAACGGAACGCGUCAGAACCAUCUCUCACUCCGAAGCUGGCUGAUGCCAAAAAGAGGCUCUAUGACACGGCAAUCAGCUUAGGACAGCUCCAAAAGAGGCACGAGGUGCCUGUGGAUCCUGAGGAGUAUGCGCGUGAUAAUCUCAAGUUUGGUCUUGUUGAGGUUGUCUACGAAUGGGCAAAGGGAACGCCUUUCGCGGACAUAUGUGAGCUGACAGACGUAUCUGAAGGGCUGAUUGUACGAACAAUCGUGCGGCUGGAUGAAACAUGCAGGGAGUUCAGGAAUGCCGCCUCCAUAAUGGGUAACUCUGCGCUGUACAAGAAGAUGGAGAUCGCGUCCAACGCCAUCAAGCGCGACAUCGUCUUCGCAGCAAGUUUGUAUGUCACAGGAAUAUGAUGCGCCUGGGCCUGACCAUGUUUGUAAAGUAGAGAAAUUCCUGUUCUGGGUGUCUAGUUUCUUCGCAAACCCAGUCUUAACAAGCGCACAAGUGUAAAGAUGUUUUUAGCGAAAGUACCGCCCGAUGCUGUUGACACCCAUGACUGGGUAGGUAGAAUCAACAAAAUCUACUGCAUUUUCUGACCAGUUUGUGAUGUUUUUAACCAACAAGCAUGUACAAGAAGAAUUGCCACGACUUCACAGAGAUAUACAGGCCUAUAAAUGUUCAAGUCAGUAAUCAUA